AUGGCAACACACUCGCACGACGGGUCCGCCCCUCACUCACACUCGCACGACGGCGGCUUCAACGCCCAGGAGCACGGGCACACGCACGAGAUCCUCGACGGGCCGGGCUCCUACAUCGGGCGCGAGAUGCCCAUAACCGAGGGCCGGCAGUGGGCCUCACGGGCCUUCACGGUCGGGAUCGGCGGCCCCGUCGGCUCGGGCAAGACGGCGCUGAUGCUGGCGCUGUGCCUGGCGCUGCGGUCGCGGCACAACAUCGCGGCCGUCACCAACGACAUCUUCACGCGCGAGGACGCCGAGUUCCUGACGCGCAACCGCGCCCUCCCCGCCGAGCGCAUCCGCGCCAUCGAGACGGGAGGCUGCCCGCACGCCGCCGUGCGCGAGGACAUCAGCGCCAACCUCGCCGCCCUCGAGGACCUGCACGCCGAGUUCAACACCGACCUGCUGCUCAUCGAGAGCGGCGGCGACAACCUCGCCGCCAACUACAGCAGGGAGCUGGCCGACUACAUCAUCUACGUCAUUGAUGUCUCCGGCGGCGACAAGAUCCCCCGCAAGGGUGGGCCCGGCAUCACCCAGAGCGAUCUGCUGGUCGUCAACAAGACCGACCUCGCCCAGGCCGUCGGCGCCGACCUGGGCGUCAUGGAGAGGGAUGCCAGGAAGAUGCGGGAGGGUGGUCCGACGGUGUUCGCGCAGGUCAAGAAGGACGUCGGUGUGGACCAUAUUGUCAACCUGAUCCUCAGCGCAUGGAGGGCAAGCGGUGCUGAGGAGGUGCAGAAGUCAAGAGGAGGCCCGACAGCAACGCCUGGCCUGGACACUCUCAAGUAA